GUGAUCAGUUCCGGCGCUCUCCGAGGGCGGGGGAGCAAGGUAUAGGAGAAAACUUGGCUAUUAGCGUAGCAGGGUCAUGAAGAAGAGGCGGCGGCGGGAGAUCCCGAGCGGUGGCGGGGGCGCGAAAUUGCGGUAGCUGGCCGCUGGGCUGGUGGUGUGGCUUUGUGGGAAGGGCGUAGUUCCUAAAGCCCUCUGCGGGCAGCGGCCGGGGCUCGGGGCUGCGAGCGGCCCUGGGGCCGCCUCCCCGGGCCCCCUGGCUCCGCCAUGUUCCGCAGGGCACGCCUUAGCGUGAAGCCGAAUGUCAGGCCCGGAGCAGGCGCCAGGGCCUCCACCGCCCCCAGUUCCCAGCGUGAACAAGAGGUUCCAAGGCCGCCGGAGCCUGCCGCAGCCUCUGCUCCGAAGCCAGCGGAAUCCACAGAUGUGCCCCCGGUGGAUUUCGGGGAAGCGGAGCCCCAAGAAAAGACUCCCAAGAGCUGUGUUGAAAAGACUGAUGAUGGGAAGGAUGUUGAAGAAUCCAGUAAGCCUUCCUCUACUGUUUCACAGAGAAGAAAGCGAAUACCAAGUACUUCUAGUCUGGUUAAACCUAGCGUCAGUGUUCCUUCAGAACCUCAUCCUUUAUCUACAGUUAAUCGAGAAGCUCCACAGCCAAACCCUGUUCCAGCAAAAGAGAAACAGCCAUGUUCAGACAGAUACCGAAUAUACAAAGCCCAGAAACUGAGAGAAAUGUUAAAAGAAGAAUUGAAGAAAGAGAAGAAGCAAUGGAAAAACAAGUAUGCCGUAAAUGAAACUCAGAGGCCGCCGGAUCGUUCCAAAAUGACUAUGAGAGACUUCAUAUAUUAUCUGCCAGAAAGCAAUCCAAUGACUUCUUCACUGGAGCAGGAAAAGAAAACUGAAAAAUCAUCGACACCAGUCCGAACAAGAGAGCAAGAAGGCAAGACUACUCCUGAUGGUGAAGAUAACGAAGAAAUAGAAGAAGAGUUGGAUGAUGGGCCCUUGCUGGUUCCUCGAGUAAAAGUGGCAGAAGAUGGUUCUAUUAUUUUGGAUGAAGAAAGUUUAACUGUAGAAGUUUUAAGGACAAAAGGUCCCUGUGUUGUUGAGGAAAAUGACCCCAUAUUUGAGCGUGGUUCUACAACUACAUAUUCCAGCUUUAGGAAAAGCUACUACUCUAAACCAUGGUCAAAUAAAGAGACAGAUAUGUUUUUUUUAGCCAUCAGCAUGGUAGGAACUGACUUUUCUAUGAUUGGACAGCUUUUUCCUCACAGAGCAAGAAUAGAAAUUAAGAAUAAAUUUAAACGUGAAGAGAAAACAAAUGGAUGGCGAAUAGACAAGGCAUUCCAGGAAAAGCGCCCUUUUGACUUCGAUUUUUUUGCUCAUUUGCUUCAGAAAGUUCUUGCCGAAGAAGAGAAAAGAAAACAAAAAUCUGUUAAAAAUCAGAGUUCAAAGGAGAAGAAGUCCUCUAAAUCACGGAAAAAUGUAAAAGUGAAAAAAGUUGCCAAUGAUGAUCGAGAUGAGUCUGUGAGUCCUAAAAUUUCAAACCCAGGAAGGUCGCAAAAGGAUGCUCAGACAGUUGAGGAAGAACUGCAGUCUCUGACUUUAUCUGAACAGAAUUCAGAACAGAAUGCAUUAGAACUAGACGUAAAUCAAAAGAAAAGAAGAAGAAAGAAUCAGGGUGAAGGUAGUGAACAAGAAGUGCAUCUUUCAGGAAGUGCCACUGUUGAGCCAGGCUCUUCUAAAGGAGAAAAACACAAAAAUAAAGGCCUGUCUUUAAGUCCUGAGAUUAAUGAAGAUGAAGCCAGUAAGGAACAAGAGUUUCCCUGUGUACAGGACACAGAUGACCUUGUGGGUUUAUCCUCUAGUGAAGACGCUGAGAAAAGAACUGACCCUGUUCUUUCAUCAAGUCAACAAGAUGUCAUAUCAGUAACAGCUGAGACUGCAGAAUCAAACACUUCAGACUUGCCUUCAUCAGAAGGCGGAGUUAGAGCACUGUGUGAGGUGAAGAGUGCUGAGAGUAGUUGUACAGAAGAGAGAGAUGUUGACCUAAAAAGUAAAUCACUGGAAACUGAUCAAACAGAAACUGUUAAACCAAUGACAAGAGGACGACUCCAGAGACCUAAACCCAAUUUAUCAAGGGCAGUUGGGAAGAAAUCAGUUCUUUCACGAGCUAAAACAGAUGCAGAGGACAAGAGUUUACAUAAAGAAACUCCUGUUGAAAAGAAUCCCAUGGAAAAGGAUGGUAUUUCUGGAAUGGAGAAUACGGAGAAAGGGAACCCAGAACCUGACACUGUAUCUAAUUUGAGUGAAAAAACUUGUCUGCAGGAAGAUGAUCAACCAAAGGCUUUCAGACCUGCACGACUAAUGCGGGGCUUAUUACAAAGGCCAAAACCAAAUGUAGGUAAAGCUGCUGAAAGAAAUGAAACUCUUACAUCACAGGAAAAACCUGGUGCUGGUAUAGAAAAGAAUGAAAAUGAAUCCUGUAUCAACAGAGAUACUCCUGAACAGAUAGAAGAUCAGUCAUGUGAAAAUUUUGAGUGUGAAGACGUUGCAUCACUAUCUGGAAAAAGAGACAGUUCCUUUCAAAAUGUGCAGUCAGAUGAGCCCAAGGCUGUUAAUGAAUGUCUGAGUAUUCAGGAGGAUAAUAGAGCAAAUAAAGAUGUUCAAAUUCCAAAGACUCGAUUUCAGAAACCAAAGCCAAAUAUAGGAAGGAGAACUGGAAGAAGAGGAAUUUCCUCAAAGGAAGAGGUACCAAAGGAGGUAAUUGCCUCUGAGGAGAUGACAGAAGCUUUGAGUGAAACUGCAAGACUGGAAACCUCACUAAGGGAGAAGGAACCUGUGGAGAGUAAUGCUACUAAGGAAAUGGAGUCAGAUUUAAAAGAAAUUGAAAGAAAAGACAUCUCUUCCAGGGAUAUAAUGCCAGAAAUGAGUGAUAUCGCUGCAGAAAUGGAGACAGAUUUGAAAGAAACUGAAAAAAAUGACAUCUCUCCCAGGGAAAAAAUGCCAGAAAUAAUUGAUGUCACUGAGGAAAUGAGGACUGAUUUGAAAGAAACCGAAAAAAAUGACAUCUCUUCCAUGGAGAAAAUACCAGAAAUGAUUGAUGUCAUUGCAGAAAUGGAAACAGAUUCGAAAAAAACUGGAAAAAAUGACAUCUCUUCCAGGGAGAAAAUGCCAGAAACGAGUGAUGUCAUUGCAGAAGUGGAGACAGAUUUGAAAGAAACUGAAAAAAAUGACGUCUCUCCCAGGGAGAAAAUGCCAGAAAUGAAUGAUAUCAUUGCAGAAAUGGAGGCAGAUUUGAAAGAAACUGGAAAAAAUGACAUCUCUCCCAGGGAGACAGUACCAGAAAUGAUUGAUGUCACUGCAGAAAUGGGGACAGAUUUGAAAGAAACUGGAAAAAAUUACAUCUCUCCCAGGGAGGAAAUAUCAGAAAUGAGUGAUGUCACUGUGGAAAUGAAGACUGAUUUGAAAGAAAUUGGGAAAAAUGACAUCUCUCCCAGGGAGAAAAUGCCAGAAAUGAGUGAUGUCAUUGCAGAAAUGGAGACGAAUUUGAAAGAAAUCAGAAAAAAGGACAUCUCUCCCAAGGAAACAGUACCAGAAAUGAUUAAUGUCACUGCAGAAAUGGGGACAGAUUUGAAAGAAACCGAAAAAAAUGAGAUCUCUUCCAGUGAGAAAAUACCAGAAACAAAUGUUAUCACUGCGGAAAUGGAGACAGAUUUGAAAGAAACUGGAAAAAAUGACAUCUCUCCCAGGGAGAAAAUGCCAGAAAUGAUUGAUGUCACUGCAGAAAUGGAGACAGAUUUGAAAGGAACUGGAAAAAAUGACAUCUCUCCCAGGGAGAAAAUGCCAGAAAUGAAUGUUGUCACUGCAGAAAUGGAGACAGAUUUGAAAGGAAUGGGAAAAAAUGACAUCUCUCCCAGCGAGAAAAUACCAGAAAUGAGUGAUAUCAUUGCAGAAACGGAGACAGAUUUGAAAGAAACCAGAAGAGAGAUUUUCCCAAGGGAGGAGAUAACAGUGGUGACUGAUGCCACUGAGGAAAGAGAGACAGAUUUGGAAGAGACUGAAAGAAGAGAAAUGUCCCUACAGGAAAAUGCCCCAGAGGAAGUUGAUAUUGGUGAAGUAGAAACAGGUUUGAAAAAAACUGAAAGAGAAAUUUCCCCAAAUGAGGAGAUACCAGAGAUGCCUGAUGCUGCUGAGGAAGUAGAGACAGAUCUAGAAGAAACUGAUAGAAGAGAAAUAUCUACACAAGAAAAUGCCUCAGAGGUCAAAACAGUGGGUGACAAAAUGGAGAUAGAUUUGAAAGAAACUGGAAUAGAAAUUUCCCCAGGGGAAAAGGUAUUAGUGGGGAUCAGUGCCACAGGGGAAAGAGAGACUGAUUUGGAAGAAACUGGGCAGAGAGAUGUUUUCCUGAUGGAGAAAGCAUCAGGAAAGGUGGCUGCCAUUGAGGAAAUAGAGGCAGAUUUGACAGACACUGGAAAAGAAAUUUCCUUGAUGAAAAGCAGAUCAGAAGAGAUUGAGGAAAGCCUGGCAGAUUUGGAAAACAUAGAAAAAAUAGACAUUUCUCUAAGGGAAAAAGAACCAGAGGAGACUGGGACCUCAGGUCGAGCUGAGGCAGAUUCCUUGCAGACCAGUAGUGGUGACGACAGCACUGUGGCUUCACUGAGUAAUAGAGACUUGGGCAGGGAAGUGCUAUCCGUGGUUCAUACGUCUGUAGAAGAAAAAAAUUCUGAAAAGGAAGUGUCAAGUCAGUUGAGUCAUUUGAACAUUUCUUCACAGUCUUCUGAACUUGAUAAAAUAGAAGACCAGAGGAUGCGACCUCCAAGUGUUCCAGAGCAGUUUUCAGAUAUUAAUUUAAGCAAAUCUCUUCCUCAAGAACAGACGCCAUGUGAAGUUAAGCUGACACCUUUUGUGAGAAGUAGAUUCAAAAGACCUAAACCAAACUUAGCAAGAGCAGCUUCAAAAAGAGAGACUACGAAAGCAGAAAAGCAUGCACCUGGGAAGGAAAUGGAAGCUGAGAAAACGGAGACUGUUGUGAUACAGCAGAACUGUGAACAAACGGGUACUCUCCCUUCUCAACAUGAUGUAGCUUCUCGAAUGACAUCAGGAGAAAAAGACAAAUUAGAUCCCGGUCCAGAGGAGACAGCGAUAUUACCAUGUGUGCAGACCGAAAAGGACCUUUCACCUUCGAGUUCUUGUGAAUCUAAAGCGGAGUCUCAGUCUACACAAGCCCAGGAAAAGGAAUUCCUUGUCUCUGUGGGGACUCAUAAUAUAAACACUUUUGAACAAGGAAUAAAGGAAAGGGUUAUCCAAACUGCUCCACUAGUAAGGGGUCGACUUCAGAGACCCAGACCAAACUUAAGAAAGGCUGGCCCGAGGCAAGUAAUAGAAAAAAGUGAAACCAGAGAAACAACUAAGGAAGAAAAGACACUACAAAAAGAUGAAACUGGAAAGAAAUUCCUGCCUGUGCCAAAUUCUCAAAUUGCAACCGAAAUUGAAGUUGUAUCCUCUGAAGUGUCAGAAGGCAGAAUGUCUGAAAACCAGAGUCAGGUUCUUUUAGAAAACCUUCAUAUUAACAAAGUAGAUGUUUUAGGUGAAAAGAUGAGACAUGGACAUGAAACGUAUGUUCCUAGUCCACCACAAAUGGUAAGAAGGCAGUUCCAAAGGGCUAAGCCAAAUUUGGGAAGAGCACAAAGUAAGAAAGAAGCAUCAGACAUAGAAGAAGACAGAGCAGAUCAGAGAAAGGCAAAGCCAGAAGAUAGUUUGUCGCAGCGUGAAGAUUCUGACAGCCAGCUUCUUCAAAAAGGAAAACCUGAGUUUCUGACAUCUCCGGAGGUUUCAGCAAGAAAAGAUUCUGUCGGUUCCAAGGAGACUGGAUUGGCAAAAGAAGAUGCUCCAUCAGAAGUUGAACCAUCUGGAAGUGUUGGAGAGAAGACUGGAGGGGAUAAUUCUGUGUGUGCAGUUGUUGAAAAGCAGUGUAUCAGUAAACCAAGCUCCCCACAAUUGUUAAAAGAACCAGAUAACUCUAGACUUGUUCUGGAUCGAAGAAGAGCUCUCUCUUCUGCCUCUGAGCGUGAGAUAGAUCAUAGUAGAAGGCGAGUACGUCGAAAGGUUAAACCCAGCAUCCCCAAAGGGCGUGGCUCAAAACGAAGUCGGAGUAAGACCUCCAAGAAGGAACCCAGAGCUCCCAGGUCUGUGCUGGUGACUCUUCGCGCUUCCCAGGAAGAAGACGAAGAUGACAGUGAAGACUUUGAGUCUGACUAUGAAGAAGAAAGCUAUCAUCUUGCUCCCGAAGAAGUAAACAAAGCUCCAGUGUUUGUACCUAUUGGUCUCAGAUCUCCUGAACCUGUUCCUGUUCAGAUUGAGGAAACUAUGGAAGAGCUUGUAAUCCCCACGAAUGUCACAGAUGUAGGAUGCAUAACUGUUGUUGAACAUCAGCUUUCAUCAAACAUAGAUGUGAUUCCUCAAGAAAUGAGACAAGAAGAAAAUUUGAAUGCAUUAUCAGUUGAAAUGACUGUAGGUGAACAUUCCCAGGCUGACACAGAAAAUACCAACGAUGGGAGCACUGAAGCUGCCAUAGCCCUACUGACCAUGGGAGAUCUGGUGUUGCAGUCAGAGAUCAGCCCAGAACAGAGUGAUGGAAUAUGCAUACUUCCAGAUGCUCCUUCAGUCGCUCAAAGCCAUAUUCCUUUCAGCCCAGAUAAUGCAAAUCUCAAAAGUGUUCACGAAUGCCAGGAGCCUUCUUCACCUGUCCGCAGUACAUCUCCAUCAGUAGAAGAAAACAUGACUGUAUUGGAUGUGGAUAAACAGAAUACUAAAGAAGAAAUUGGUUUGACAGAAGAAGUAAAGGAAAGCACUACAUCAUCCAGGACUACAACUUUUGAAGUGACCAAUAAUUUGAGAAGGAGAAGUAGAUUUGCCAAGCCCAAGCCAAAUCUUAAGAAGAUUUUAGGGACCAAGAGAUUUGGUGCUCAUCAGAAAGUUCCUAGUCUGUUUGUAACUAAAGGAGAAGAAGUGGAAAUUCAAAGAGACUCUGAGAAAAAUGCUUCUCAAGAAACAGAAUUAGAAGAUAAAAACCUUGGAUCGGUUACAGCAGCAGAGAGUGCAGAGCAGAGCAAAGUGGCAUCUGUACAUGGUGUUGAAGAAACCAGUAUUUCACAAGAAACACACCUAACUGAAAGAGGUGAAGAGCAAGAAGGGCGAUCUGAAGAAGUUCCGAUAUCAUCAGUUGCUCCAGCUGUUUCUUCUGAGUCAGGGCCCCACACACUCGGUUUGGGCAUGGGUCUUGGUGAGAGCUCUGUUGAAGAGGCUCUGGGAAAGGACUUUAAUGGAGACCCUGUGCUUACACUAAAUGUGCCAAAGUGUAUACCAACUAAUAUUCCAGAAGUCCAGCAAGAGAAUGUAAACAAUCUUCAAGAUCUAACAGUCAAUCUAGUUAAUGUACAUCAGGAUGGUGAGGAUGAACAAGCUUUCAUUUUAACUCUGGUGGAAAUCCCAACCCAUGCAGUAGAAGAAUAUGCUGAUAGCACCAUGCAGUUAAUGCCAAAUCCUUUAUUGCCGGCGCCCAUAUUGGUCAAAUCAGUGAAUACAAAAGAAAGAGAAGACACGAGUAGCAGUUUUCCAGUAACCUCAGUUGGUCAAGAUGACAUGUGUUUAUCUAAUUCUGAAAGAGAUGAUUCAGAAAAGUCUGCUGCUAAUUUGGAUCUUGUAUCUAGGAAGAGAUAUCAUUGUAGCCUUGAUGAAAGUGACCAUGUCCCUCCUGCCAAAAAAACUUCACUCACUUCCAUAGAUGAUUGUCAAAAAUAUACCUCUGAGGUGUGUUCAAAGGAAUUAACAAAUGUUUUGGAGGAAACAGGGGAGUCUUACAAGGGACAGGAUAUCUUCCCUACCUCAGGAAGCAUACAGACAAUUUCAGAACCUCAGAAAGAGCAACUUGAACCCACUUCUCAGAGUAUCAGAUCUGGAUCUUUUGAUAAAAUAACAGAUACACAAGAAAAGAAUGCAUCUCAGUUACCUCAGGAUGAGAUAAUGGUGUCUGAUAAGGAAGAAAGAACUUGUGCUGCUUCUGAGUCUGAACAAAUGGGUAGCAUCACAUCGUCUUCAAAAACCCCACUAACCAGACCUGGCAGAAGACCCCUGGGAUUUUUGUCUUUAAUAUGUUCAAAGAAUAGCUUGGACUCUGAUGAACCUACGCAGGUUCAUAGUAAGAAACGCCUAAAACCUGUUAUACCUGUAUCAAGACAAAAUUUGAAAAGAUCUAAUCUGCCUAGUGUAAGCCAGAAAAAAACUCAAGAGUCCUCUGAUGUUCCAUCUCGAAGUGUUGUUGACAAUACUCAACCUACGAAUAAUGAUAGUUCAGCAACUCAGGUUUCUUCUAAUCGUCCCUUACCGAAAGGAGAAUGUAAAGGUGGCCAAAACCGGGUACCUGAAGAGGAGCCAACCACAGUCUCUGAAUAUUUCUUUAAUGAUAUCUUUAUUGAAGUGGAUGAACCGGAAUAGAAAAUCGCCUUUAAAAUUUUUUUUUUAAGUCUAGGAUUUCCAUAAUCAGUUAUGUCAGCAAAGCAGUAUUUAGAAAGAAGCAUCACUGGCAGUUUUUCUUUAGGUUGAUUUUGAGUAUUUAUUCAGCUUGAUUUGAAGCUUUUAUAAUCAGUGAAAAACAUUGCUGGGGUCCUUUUCAUUCUGGUUGGCUCAGCAUUUUGGAAAUAUCAACCAGUUAAGACUGCUUUCUCAGCCAGAAAUAACAGGUCUUGUUUACAUUUUGACUUUCUGUAUUGAACACACGUGAACAUCUUUGAAUGUUGUGGAUGAUGUCUGUAAAUCACAGUGCUGAUGUAUUUGGAAGUGGAUUGUAUUUAACGUUUAGAGAACCUUUUGUGAAGGUUUUUUUAUGUUGGCUUAGGGUUUUUUGUUUUUGUUUUAGGAUUUUUUGGGGUUUGGGUUUUUUUUUAAUUUUGGUUUUUUAGUAUGGUGAAAGCCUUUUCAUUCGCCUCUAAAUAUAUGAAAGGAAAUUGUGAAACUCCAGUUUAGUAUGGUAACUGUUAAAAACUUUUCUAUUAUCAUCUAUUUGACUGAAAAAUGUGUAUUUUUCUAAUUCAUAUUGAUGUAACAUUAGUCCUAAUUGAAGAACUAGUAUUUAAACUUACUAUUUAUAAAGAUAAAACAUCAAAAAGCUUAUUUAUUUUUAAAUUUUUUAUUUAAAAGAAGAUUCAGUUUUAAUUUUUUACCCCUGAGAUUAUGGGUAAAGAAGGCAUUAACAAAUUCAUGUUUGUCUCCUUUCCCGCUUUAAUUUUAAAGAUAUUUAAAGUGUUAUAACUAAAGUAUUUGGAUAGUAUAUAUGUUUGAAUACAUUUUUUUCUCAUAGUUCAGUAUAUUGACUUUGUACUGUGAAUUUUUUGUUUUUCUUAUUUCUUAGAUAAUCUCAGGAUUUGUAUGGGAAAAAGAAAACCUUAACCUUAUUUAUGAGGCAAAUUUCCAUACAAAACUAGUCUCCAUUACAUAAACAUAUGCUCACAUACACACAUUCCUUUUUUAAAAAACAAUCUCUUGUUAGUUUUCUUUCCCCUAUUAAACUCUCCUUAAGAACCUAAGUAUGUAGGUCUUUAUGGACAGAACAUAAUUGAGAUGUUAAAAACAGAAAAUAAGAUAACAAUAAGCCUUUAUUAAGUCAGUGAUUAUCAUCAAUAUGAAUUUAUGGUUUGGGUUUAAAUUUUGUGAUUUACAUAGGUAAUUCCUUUAUCACCCAAGCAAAUCUCUGGGGUUCAAAUUAAACUUCUGAAAAAAACAGAUUUAUUCUUUUAUAUGAAAAGCCCUCUGGGUUAAUAAUACCUUGGAUCAGGAAUCAGAAACAUUUUCUGCAAAAAUAUUUUCGAAUUUGUGGGCCAGAUGCCCUCUGUGGUAACUACUCAACUCUGCCAUUUAAGUAUGAAAACAGCCACAGACGACACUCACAUGACGGGCGUAGAUGGAUUGGGUCUUUAGUCUGACCCUGUGUUAGACGGUAGUUUCCUUACUUUAAGGUGCUCAUGUCAUUGCCUGUGAGAUAUUUGUCACUGGAAUUAUGAGUUGUGCCUAACAAUUAAAACUCUUGAUUGCAUUAUGAAAUCAGUAUUUCAGUUGGGAAGAUAUUUUAAUGUCUAAUUAUGUUUGUAGAUUGAAAAAAAUGGUGACCAGUUUUCAGGUUCACUAGUAAAAGUGGAUUUGGCUUGGCAAGUAUAACAGUAAUCCUAAUUUAUUAAAACAAUUGAUAUUAGAACAUUUCUUAUUCAUUGCCUUAUAGUGAAAUUUACAGUUUAAACUUUUUUGUCAUAAAGGAGGAUUUAUAAGGAAAUUCUCUACAGAUAUGCAUUUAUUUAUUUCAUGUGAUUAAUAUGUUACAAAAAUCAUGGUUGUAAUCACAUUGCUAUUUUAAAUGCCAUUUUUAUAAAUUUUAAAAGUCUCAUAUUCUGAAAAGGUUUUUUUAGUUCAUGUUAGUUUAGGUGUUAGGUUGUCAUAGCUAAACUAUGAUUUUAUCCCUUGUUUACUAUCACUUUAAAUUUGUUAACAUCUGUCUCUUGUUCAUCUACAAUGAGUUAAUUUUGUGGAAGAUGUAACUUCUUACUGUAUAAAGGAUAAUUUUAUCUUUGGGCAUUCAUUGCAUUAGAGAAUCAAGUCAGCUAAAUUCUCCUACAGUUAUAUCCUUAAAACUACUCUUAGAGAAAGAAAAUCAGUGUCUUUACCUUAUAAAGGGGAAAAACUUGUUCACUCCUGUGUUUAAUCUGACUCAUAUAAAGAUCAUGUGAAGAAUUUGUAUUUUAUAAAUUUUCAAAGAGAUAUGAUUAAAGGUCUUUAUUUUUUUCUUGACUUUUCCUCCGGAUCACUUAUAUCUUAGCAAGUGAUCAACAUGAUGACUUAAAAGCCUAAUUGUUGGUAAAUGAUUGAGGCACAGAUAAAAAUAUGAAUAUCCACUGCUUACCACCAUGUUUUUUGAAAUAUAGGUCACCAUGUAUACUAUCUUGCUUGACGAAGUCUUUGACAAAAAGCAAUAUCUGUCAUUGUAAAUUUUCUUGUUCUAAAGAAAGCAGUUAUAUUCUGUAGAUGUAAAUUAUGUAAAUAAAAGUUAUUUUAUAUUA